GGUCCAGUCUCGUAUUUCCCACGGGUAGAUCCCGACGGGCGGCCCCUCGUCCGAGUAUAAAACCUGGACGAGGACUCUAAUCAGCAAUCAGUUGAGUCAACGACAGUCAAGAGAUAACAUCAGAGCAUAAUGUUCUUUAUACACAUAUUUUUGAGCUUUGCCAGCUCAUCGGCGGCCAUUGUUGAGCCGAUGAACUAUUAUCAAUACACACAAUUCCAGGCUCCUCUCUCCUGGGAGGCCAUCACUAGCACUAGCUUGGAGCAGGCAUUAUCCCAUUGCCAGGAGAACUUUAAGUGGCAACGUUGGAACUGCCCGAGCACUGAUUUCGUCAAAAGGAGAAAGAAUGCAGGAACUGGAGUCAUUCCGCUGGAUCGUGAAGAUGUCUAUGUGGCUGCCAUUUCCAUGGCUGCCAUAGUUUACACACUCACCAAGGAUUGUGCGAAUGGUGUGAUUGCUGGCUGUGGAUGCACAAAAAAUGCCCUAAACGUACCCUGUGCCCAUGAGCCGGCUAAGGCAUUGGAACAAUACGAGAAACGAUUUGGCCUCGGAGUGGGUGCAGCUGCUCAUAAUCAACGUGUAGUUGGCGCCCUACUGAAGCAAUCAUUGGAGGAGGAAUGCCGCUGCAAGAAGUCGAGUCCACAAGGCAAAUGCCUGGAGGAGCAAUGCGUAUCAGUGAUGAAACCCUUCGAGUAUGUGGCUCAGGAUUUACUACAAAUGUACGACGAUGCCAUUCAAUUGGAUACCACAAUUAGCAAUCUAAAGAUUAUGUGGCAAAACAUACCCUUGGACUCCCUGGUCUAUAUGCAGGACUCGCCCAACUAUUGUGAGCCCGAGGCCAGUGGCCGUUGGUCCGGCACACGGGGACGCCGUUGCACCAAGGAUAACAGCGGUUCGGCCGAGGAGCGACUCUCCUGCCAGCAACUAUGCCGAGUCUGUGGCUAUCGCGUACGCACCCAGCACGUUCGCAUGGAGCGUCGUUGCAAUUGCAAACUAGUCUGGGGAUUCCGUCUCCAAUGUGAUGUCUGUGUGCAAUUGGAACGACAAUACAGUUGCUACUAGAAGGGAGCAGCAGGUGCUUUCCUUUUAUUGGGGGCGCUGGUUGAGCCCCUCUACAUCUAUGUAUAUCUAUUAUUUAGACCUUAAGUUGUUAUUAAUUUAUUGCCAACUAAAAAAUACAAAACAAUAAAAUAUCAAUCAUUAGA